AUGGCGACUGGAGGUCCGCCGGGGGUCACCAGGUCCUCCGGGGCGCCCGGGGUACCGCCAGGGGUAAACGGGGUGGGUCCUCCGGGGCGACCCAGGGGCCCGCCGGCGGUGACUGGGGGGGCGCCUGCAGGCCCGCCGGGGCUCACAGUGGUUGGUCCUCCGGGGCGCCCGGGGGCCCUCCAGGGGUCACCGGGGUGCCCCCGGGAAUCUGCCGUGGGUCACCGGGGUGGAUCCUCCAAAGCGCCCGGGGGCCACCGGGGGUCACCGGGCUGGGUCCUCUGGGCGCCCGGCGGGGGGACUGGGUCCCGCCGGGGGUUACCGGGGGUGGGUCCUCCGGGGCCCGUGAACCUGCCAGGGGUCACCGGGGUCGGUCCUCCGGGUGCGCCC